AUGAAAGUGAAAAACGACGUCAAAAUUGAACCUAGUGUUGAUUUAAUUUCUAUCGUCAAUUAUAAUUACAACAAAUUAAAAAAUAAUCUUUCUAAUACCACUGAUAACAAAUUAUCGACAAAUGAUACAGAAUCAAAUUUACUAUCCAUACCACUCGCUCUGUCUACAUCUCCCAAACAACUUCAAGAUAAUACGGAUACAUCCACUCAUCCAUCGUGUUUGGCUAGUCGAACAUUAUCACCAAUAAACAGUACAAAUUUUUCUACUUUAUUUUCACCCCCAUCAUCCUCCACUACCACAACUUCGUCAACAUCACCUGUUAAAUUACAUCGACGAACAUUCAAUAUCUGUGAUAUUUUAGGUGCUGAUAACAACAAUAACACAAAUAAUGAUCUAGUAGACGAUAAUAAUAAUAAGAAUAGUCAAUAUCGACAAGAGAUGACAAAAAAUGAAAUGAUUUUUCUAUUGAAAAAACCCAAAGCUCAUCAUUUAUCAGACAUGAUCAAAGAUUAUUCAUCAACUAUUAUCACUGAACAAGUACAAAAAAAUAAUGAAAAAUAUUUGACAUCAACACCAAACUCACAUAUGAUCAAAGAUGAAAAAUAUGCAACUACAAAAACCAUCAAACGAACAUUUUCACAUUCGGAUGAUGACUCAAUCAGUGACUGUGAUGCAUUAGAUGAUCAAUCAUCUGAUAACGGUGAUAAACGAGAUGGUAGCCCAGAUCUAAAUGCUUCGAUUAGCGAUGGUGAUAAAUCAAAAUCAUCAUCAUCAUCCGAUAAACCAUCGAAACAACGUCGAGCACGUACUGCAUUUACCUAUGAACAAUUGGUCGCACUAGAAAAUAAAUUUAAACAAACGCGUUAUUUAUCUGUAUGUGAACGUUUAAAUCUCGCUCUAUCAUUAUCGUUAACCGAAACACAAGUAAAAAUAUGGUUUCAAAAUCGCCGAACAAAAUGGAAAAAACAAAAUCCUGGUUUGGAUGUUAAUAGUCCAACAAUACCCACAUCAGUUAAUGGAUGUUCAUCACCCUAUGCAGCUGCAGCUGCUCUAUGUGCUGCACAAUUUGGAUUUCCUCCAUCACAUUUAUCUCAUUCCGCUGCAGCCGCUGCUUAUCCAUUAAUGUCACCAUUGUAUGCACAUGCGCUUUAUGCAAGAAAAUUUUCUUAA